AACUGAAAAAAUUAACGCCUGAUCAGCAAAAUAUUUGGCUUAAUUCCUCAAAUAAAAAAACAAAAAGGACUGAAGGAGAGGAUUUUGAAUGCGUUCUUCGCGAUUUUCAACAGAAGAAAAUGAUAAACUAUUUGCCAAUUAAAAAAGAAAGCAAUAGAUAUGCUGUUUGUGGCGAAUUUGUAGAUCCUUUGUUGUUAGCAAAAAACUUCAAUUUGUCUUUAAGAAAAGCUGGAAUUUAUCGUACCGUUAAACAAGAUAUAAUAAUUAAUACUGGAUCAAAGAGUAAUUUGGAAAUCACAUUCCAACACGAAUUCGUUCAUGCCUUAGACCAUCUUAACAAUAAAAGUGAUUCUAUUCACGACUACAAAUUUCGUUCGAGUAACAUAUUCCACAAACUUUUGAGCAAGCUAUACGAUAACCACAUGGACGAAAAAAAAGAUACAGACGUUUUUAGAAAAUUAUUUAAUUCGAUAGCAGUAAUUAUUGGUGAUCCAAUACUUGCUAAACGGGGGCGCGAAACAGACCCAUCCAAAGAAAUAAUAGCUCAUACAAUACCGACAUUAUCUAAAAAAUGGAAUUUUGAAACACGCACACAAGAAGACAGAGCUUCAUACUUUAUCUUGCAGCAAAUUCUUCAGGACACAUACUCUAAUUACAUUGAAUUGGGAUUAAGAGAUCCAGAAAUUAAACGAGUUUUUGAGGAAAAACUAAGUUUGCUAACUUUUUAUAUCAAAAAAGAAAAAAUAUCUAACGAUGAUGUGGAUAAAUGUGUGAUAAAAUAACUUUCAUUGCGAUACACCGUACGAUAUACCACCGACUGCACUGUAAUUGAAAAGAUCCUACGUUAAUUCAAUAAAAAUUUGAAAGUGAGGGCUCAUUUCAUAGUGCAUAUUUUGCGUUUCAACGGAGGAAAUUAGGAUUUACAGAAUUAUUUAAGCUCACUGUCGCUUCUGCAAGCCUGUUCAGUGGUGUCUCAUGGCAGUACUUCAUUAUAAAUUUAUAAACUAAUAAUUUUUUAC